AUGUCCAUCACUCUGCUGAAUAAUCCAGGCUACUGCCUGGCAAUCGCCACCGCUUUCUGUACCAUCGUUUACACAGAGGCCAACUGCUACUGCGGCUACCGACGCUCUGGAAUGGUUGUAGCCCUCCGAUGCGCUUCGAACAUAACUGAGCUUCCACGAUCGGUGUUCCGACUAGUACUUUGCGAACGUAUGGGGGAUAUUGUCCGAAUAGGUGACUCUAGUACUGUAACAGCUGUCCGAGAAGAAGCAGGAGUUCUCGGCAUGGCCAUAGAACCUUAUGGUUUGAGCCAACUUCAAUUCGGUGGUAGGGUUGUCAAACUUCAGUUAAAUCUCCCGCUUCAAGCAAAACUGCUUGAUGCUUUGGCGUUCGCUGGUCUGCCAGAUUUGAAGACUUUUCAUGCGUGGAGAGCUCCGAUAGCUCUUGAAGGCUGUAGUUUGGCAGGACUGCCUAAACUGGAAAGUCUCGUUCUGAGCUGUGGCUCUACAUUCGACCGAUUCAUCACCUUUGGGCCUUCAUUUAAGAGCGUUCGACUGAUUGGCUGCCUAGGACGUCCUCUUCAAUUCAUCUGCACACAGUGCACCCAAAGAUCUGACAUCAGUGUUCUUCGGAUUCUUCCUGGUCCACCAUCUCAUGGCGGAAUUGUAACCUUUGAGAGUUGGUGGAACUCCUCUCAGGCAACAAAUUCUGUCGUUCUCGGCAAGUGCCGACCAGGUGUGUGCUCUGAUGAACACGUCUGUCGGCACAACUAUGCCCUCAAGUUGGCUCGAACUUAUCGGCCUCGGAAGAUCUGGACUGCGACCACCCUGACGUCGCUGACGACAGUGUCUGGCACCAGCUCUCCCUCCUUUAUCUCCAUCUUCCUGCCCAUUCUCGCCCUCGUACUUACACUUUCCUUCGCUCUCUGCCUCUUCAUGUCCCUGCGGAUCUCGGGCAAGUUGAGAAGAAGGAGGAAAUUGGUGCACCUGGAGGGAGGAGGCGAACAUCAGAUGAGACCAGAAGCCACCGCUCCACCUGAUACAAUGUUGUCCCAACCAGUGCCUUUAAAUGAAAACGACUCGAUCAAAAGUUAG